UGAGUAUCCUCCAGGCAUUCUUCUUGAGCCAGUUUGCUGUGGGGCUUGUGAACGCCUGUUCUAAGAGCGACAGAAAGGGCAUUUUAAGGCGUCUCCUCCGCGGGAUCGAUUACAGGUUGCCGUGCGGAUUGCGGUGGCCGCCGUCCGCGCUAGUCUCCUUCAGUAAAGCAAGCGCUCUAGGGCAUGGGCGCGUUAGAGCCUUAAACAGCUGCUCUCGCGCCCAGGCUUCUACGUCCGGAGCAGAUGCCUGCGCAGUUUUUGAGCCCUCGCGCUCCCCGUACCCGGAACACUUGAGGGAGGAAGUGUCAAAAUGGCGUCGCGAGAGGAACUUUUUAGAAUAAGCGGUGGCCGUCUGAUCGGUGUGGACCCUCGGAGAAGACACAUCUUGUGGCCACUGUGAUGUCCUCCCAGGGACCAUAGGAUUGCAGUGGUUUUUUGAAAAAAGGGGAAAAGAAUAAAUCAAGUGUCAGCUAAUAAAGAGCUCCAUAGAUAAGGCUGUCAGUAAUCCCUGGCAAUUAUCGAUGAAGUGACACUGCAGAAGGCUGCUUUUGCAUCAUACUUCUUGGAUGAAAUUGAAAUAACUAUUUACUAUGAACUGGAAACAAUCUCUAGCAGUCAGCUUACAUGUGUAGAUCAUUGCGUUAUUGUGUUAGCCACUGUCUCUAUGCAGUAAUGACAAGACUGGAAGAAGCAAACCGAGAAGUGAACAUGCACUCAUCUGUCCGGUAUCUGGGCUAUUUAGCCAGAAUUAAUUUAUUGGUUGCAAUAUGUAUAGGCCUUUAUGUCAGGUGGGAGAAGAAUGCGGAUGCAUUAAUACUUGUAAUAUUUAUCCUGGGACUUUUUGUUCUUGGAAUUGCCAGUAUACUUUAUUACUAUUUUUCAAUGGAAGCAGCAAGUUUAAGUCUGUCUAAUCUUUGGUUUGGAUUUUUACUUGGCCUUCUCUGUUUUCUCGAUAAUGAUUCUUUUAAAAAUGAUGUGAAAGAAGAAGCAACCAAAUAUUUGCUGCUUUCCUCAAUAAUUAUAAGAAUAUUGUUUGCUUUGGUACAGAGGAUAUGUGGCUGUAUUCAUCACCGACCCACUUUGCUAACAACAGUUGAAUUUCUUGAGCUGGUUGGAUUUGCGAUUGCCAGCACAACCAUGCUGGUAGGAAAAUCAAUGAGUAUUAUCUUGUUAGUGGUUGCUUUGGCAAUGCUGAUUAUUGACUUACGGAUGAAAUCUUUUUUGGCAAUUCCAAAUUUGGUGAUCUUCGGAAUCCUUUCCUCUUUGUUAUUUUUUCCAUCCCUGAACAUAACAACAAAUCCUUUUGCCUUGGGAUGCUUUUUUAGCUGUCUAAUAACCGAUCCUCUUCUUGACAUUUACUUCAGUGGACUUUCAGUUACAGAACGCUGGAAACCCUAUUUGUAUCGUGGUAGAGUAUGUAGAAGAUUUUCAGUCAUUUUUGUUGGUCUUAUUGAACUUAUUUAUUUCAUCCUUUCAGCCCUUAAACUAGGUGAUUUGAAUAUGUGGUAUUUUGUGAUACCAGGCUUUUCCAUUUUUGGACUUUUCUGGAUGGUCUGCCACAUCAUUUUUCUUAUAACGCUUUGGGGAUUUCAUACAAAAUUAAAUGACUGUCACAAAAUUUAUUAUACACACAGGGCAGAGAACAAUAGCCUUGACAGAGUUAUGGCAUCUAAAGGAAUGCGUCAUUUUUGUUUAAUUUCAGAGCAACUUGUAUUUUUUAGCCUUCUUGCAACAGCAGUUUUGGGUGCUGUAUGUUGGCAGAAAUCCAAUGGAAUCUUCAUGAGUGUGUUUCUGAUUGUCUUGCCCCUUGAAUCCAUGGCUCAUGGGCUAUUUCAUGAACUGGGAACCUGUUUGGGAGGAACAUGCGUUGGCUAUGCAGUUGUGAUUCCCACCAAUUUCUGCAGUCCUGAUGGUCAACCAACAUUGCUUCCACCUGACCAUGUACAAGAGCUAAAUUUGAGAUCAACCGGAAUGCUUAAUGCCAUCCAAAGGUUCUUUGCAUAUCAUAUGAUAGAGACUUAUGGCUGUGAUUAUUCUGCAAGUGGACUUUCUUUUGAUACCCUUCAUUCUAAGCUGAAAUCUUUUCUUGAACUUCGGACACCUGAUGGACCCAGACAUGAUACCUAUGUGUUAUAUUACAGUGGCCAUUCUCACAGUACUGGGGAAUGGGCACUUGCAGGUGGUGAUGCAUUACGGCUUGACACACUUUUAGAAUGGUGGCGAGAGAAGAAUGGCUCCUUUUGUUCACGGCUUAUUAUACUGUUAGACUGUGAGAACUCUCAGCCUUGGGUUAAAGAAGUAAGAAAAGUCAGUGACCAGUAUGUUGCAGUUCAAGGAGCAGAUCUGGCCAAAGUGGUAGACGUAGAAGAGUCAGACCCUCCGUACCUUGGCGAUUUUACUAGAGAAUGGGUUGAAUACAACUGUAAUCCUGACAAUGACAUCAACUGGUUUGAAAAGGGGCGUACUGUGAAAGCCAUGUAUGGAGUGUCAAAACGGUGGAGUGACUAUACUUUACACUUGCCAACUGAAAGUGAUGUUGCCAAACACUGGAUGAUAUAUUUCCCCCACAUCACCUAUCCUCUGAUUCAUCUGGCAAACUGGUUCUGUGGUCUUAAUCUCUUCUGGGUCUGCAAAGCUUGUUUUAGGUGUUUGAAAAGAUUAAAAAUGAGUUGGUUUCUUCCCACAGUUUUGGACACAGGACAAGGCUUCAAGCUUGUCAGAUCUUAAUUAAGAACCAAAGAAGAGAAGAAGUGGUAGCUCUUAGAACUUAAAAAUAUAA